UUGAAGAAGACGUUGUAGUCCGGUUACAUCAUGCUGUGACGAGGCUGGGGUCCUGUCCAUAAUUGGAGAUGUUCAGGCACUCGGUUAUUCCAACCUUACCGUACACAAACACACACAGUCAGUCAGUCAACGGGACGGCUGUGGUGUGUGUUAGCCUUGUGAGCCGACCUGACACCUGCAGAUUGAACACUGGCGACACUACGCUUCUCUGUCACCGUUGCUUUUCUGUUGCUGCUUUUCUCUGUGUGACUGUGUUUCUCAUGGCCGUCCUCCUCAGACGUGGACUUUUCGUGGCCCUGCAUCACGCCCUUGGGCAAGGCAGCAACUCAGUCUGCCACCCUGCACUGCCUGCUGCUCUUCUAGGAGCAUGUAGGACUAAGAAGACCUGGCCAGUGAGCUUCCCUCAGGAGGAGCUGAAGAAACGGCUCACACCUACGCAGUACCACGUUACCCAGGAGAGAGGAACGGAGAGUGCCUUCACUGGAGGGUUCACACAUCAUAAAGAUGAGGGGACCUACACUUGUGUUGUCUGCGGGGCCCAGCUGUUCAGCUCAAACACUAAAUUUGACUCCGGAUCAGGUUGGCCGUCCUUCUUUGACCUUCUGAAGGAAGAGUCCGUCACUGUCUCAGAUGAUUUCUCCUAUGGGAUGCACAGAGUGGAGAUUACCUGCAGCCAGUGUGGAGCUCACCUGGGACACCUGUUUGAUGAUGGACCAAGACCCACAGGAAAACGCUACUGCGUCAACUCGGCCUCAUUGGGUUUCCAGCCCAAUGGCGCCCCCUCCUCUACCUCCAGCUCUGCGGCAGAGGACGGAGCUGCCAGCAGCUCAGUGAGCAAUGGGAAGACGGAGCUGUGAAAGAGACUCAUGAACUGCAGCAGGCUGACAGCUGUGCCUGUGUAGGGAGAGCUCGCAUACAUAAAAGAGUUUUUGGUUCUGUUAUUGAUUGGCAAUGUAAAGAUAGUAGGUGGUUCUGUUAUUACGAAAGGAAGGAAGGUGCUCAGGCUUUAGACUCAGAAAUACUCUGAUGUAUUCUCUAUCACAAAAGGAAAGGACACGCUGAAAAAAAAAAAAAGUCACAGUUUGCAAGACACACUGUAUCCGCUGAUUGCCUUAAAAGGAAUUCCCUAAUUCCCUUUAUUUUCUCAAUCUGGACAGUAGCAUUUGUUCUGCUAAUUUAAACCUGGAUGAAGCGCUGUGUAAUAGACACACACACAUACGCACGCGCAUAUAAAAUGUAGAGCCUUUUUUUAUAUUCUAACUAAAACAUAUUUUUGUUGGAGUAUAUUUUUGAAGUGAAUUUGAUACUGAGAGAUUGAUGUAAUGAAAUUGUCUAUGCAAGUGCUCCUGGCAGCAGUAACAGAGCAUACUGUGACAGAUAGCAUCUUAAUGUGGACAAAUACAAGUACUGUAGUCUUUAGGUCACUUCCUGUAUUUGUUCCUCUUUGCAGUAGGAAAUAUUUUGAGUUUGUGUUCACAGCUUGCAUUAAAAAUAGUUACUGUGUGAAUAAAGUAUCUAGAAACACUGAC